UCUGCAUCUACUCGAGCGCGGACCGUACAUACCAGUCUUUGUUCUGCCAUUCCGCGAACGGAAUUCCAAAGAGUCCGGCCGUCUUUGCGAAGGAAACAGGGCGCGGUGGCCGUUUUUCCUUACUCAUCAUCGGAGGUUACACGUAAUCGAGUAUAUAUACGGUUCGAACCGGCACGAAAUGGAUCAGUAGGCGACGGUGGACUGCCUGGGAAAAUUCCGCUGGGAUAAAGAGGACAAUCGAGAAGGAAGAAAGAGAAAACGAGACUCGCGGAACGGGCCGGAGCCAUGAAGCUGCUGCUGUUGCGGUUUGCGGCAUCGAUUCUCCUAAUGUCCGUUCGCGCCGGCAGUUCGCCUUAUCGUGAAAUAGUGGGCGUUGGACAAUCGGCCGCACCGUUGCUCGUUGCACCAGUUUAUAAAGUCCCACCUGCGGUGAGCCUGUUACCCGCGGGGUCGAUCGACGAUGCCCCAACCAUAGUUGCUGGCCCUGUGACAAAAACCAUCGUCCAGGGAUCAUCUUCCGGGCCAGUGACCGUUGUGUCACCUGCAACUUCCGCAGACUGUUCUCCGACUGCUCCUGAAACAGUACAAAAAGUAACCGUGGUCUCGGCCGUGCCAGAAGAUACAGUCCUCGUUAAAGGAGCCACGGCUGGCGCGGUUACGCUGGUGGCACCAUCCGACAAUUCCGCAACCAUCGCCAAUAACGCAGCGUCAGCCGAAGCUGAAACAAAGAAAUGCGGCGUUGCUGCGUCAGCGAAGGCGGCUGCUGCAAUCGAAAACGCAGAAGAAUCAUCGGCCACGGAAGCAUCGUCGAACACCGCGGUAAUUGGAGAAACAGUAGGCAUAGCAUCAGCGAACGCUGUAAUAGGCCCCUCCACCGGACCCAUAAUCAUUGCUGGCCCAACUGCUCCGCCAAUACCUGUACCGGUUACCGUUCAUGCUCCAACGCCUGAAUCGGUGACUGUUGAUGCUUCUGCGUCCGCUGAAUCCAAUGUUUCAGUUACCAGCAGUGUACGUGCUGAACGAAUUGAUGACGAAUCUUGUUUGCUGACAGACGCCGCAGAGUCGACGAGGAUCGAGGGUUCGGCAUCGAGCUCGAGCGCGGUGACAAGUAGUACUUCCGGUAACUCGAAAGCUUCCGCUUCGGCGUCAGUUAAUUUGAUUUCAUCCGCAGCUACGAUCGCACUCGACGAGACUCCCUUAAGUAACGUUGUCGUAUCAACAGGAACAGCCUCGCCCAGCGUAGUUUCCGAUCCCUCGGAGUCCGUUCCCGCUGGAAACGCAUCCCCGUGGCUGCUGAACCGUCCUCUCCACCAUUUGUAAAUCACUCUGCUUAUUCUCUCGUACUCGUAUAGUCGCGAGUUCGAAAGAUGAAAGGGAAAAUAUUAUUUCGUUUGCUUCGCUCAACUUUUUAAUAGUAUCGAGUAUAAGAAGAAAGUGUUUCAAAUAAAAUUUGUCAGAUUUGACAACUGUUGGAAUAUUAUACUAUACAUUGGGAAUGGCAAUAACCUCACAACCUCUUAUGUUCUGAAAUACUAACCCCUUUGAAGCAGUUCGUACAAUGAAAUGAACGUGACUCUUUAUUAUAACUACAUUUCAAAGAACGUUGGAAAAAAUUAUCUACAAAGAUGCAAAUAAUUGAAUAUUUAUGGAGUAGCGUGUGUAAGAUAAGUAAGUUACUCCUUGACUAGAUAGACUUUUCACAAAAAGAAAAAAAUAAUAAUACUUAAUCUUAGAUACUUUAAUUCUUUUAUCAGUGGAUUUUUGUUUUCUAUUAUUACAUGUUAAAGAAAAACGAAUCCAUUUAUAAUGGAUGAACAUAUACCUAAUGCUUAUUGAUCUUCAUUCGCAAAGUGAACGUGUUUCAACAAAUAUUACACAUACGAAACUUUAUUACAAUCUUCUUUGUCUUAUCGUUCUAAACAGAGGGUGGCACCCAAUUCUCUACAAAAACGAAUCCGAAACAUUCGCCGGACGAAGGUUAAGGUUAAUGUAUAACAAACAUAACCGAUAAUUUGGCUAAUGCAUAUGAAUAUGUUUUUGUACUAUGUCUAAUUAUAUAAUCCAAUGAAGUAGAACUAGUAGUAGAGCCGAUCACGGUCGAUUGCUAUCUCUCCAAUUCCCGGAGCAUGUGGAUAAUUACGCUCGUGUACUCGCUCGUCAUUCGUCGAGAUCCAGCAAAAGUGAAAAGAGAAACAGAAUUGAUUAUGAGAAACCAGCCGAUGUCACGCGGCCGUAGGAACAGUUCAUGCGAGUGGAGCCUUUCUAAGGUGAGUUUUUACACUGGACAAGCGUAUUUGUUUUGACAUUGCGUUGGCGAUCGCGUCGACAAGGAAGGGAGAAGUUGUGCAAGGACAACCGCUGGGGACCAACGCUGCUAGCGGUUGGCAUUGAUGGCUGCUGUGUUACUCUGCCACGUGAAUACAAUAGCUAUCCACUUCUUUUCUUCUCUCUCUCUCUCUCUCUCUUUCUCUCUGUCAGCCUGUCUCGAAUAGUUCGAUUUUUGUGUUUAAUAAAACCGUGCGUAGAUAAGGA